AUGGAGCCAAGAGCUGCAAUCCACAGAUCCGGCGCCCUCCUACUCCUCGCCGCCAUCCUCGCAGCGGCCGUCACCUCCGCAUCCGCCAUCGGUGACAAGUGCGCCGCCUGCAAGGCCGUUGCUGCAGAGCUAGAGAUUGGAAUUUCGAGUGAGAAGCCGAGAAAUCACUUGGACUUGCGCAACCGCUUAAAUUCUAAAGGUCAGAGGGAGGGGAAGGUCAUUGAUUACAGGGUCAGUGAGCUUCGGGUUGUAGAACUUCUGGAUGGCCUAUGUGAUAAGAUGCAAGAUUAUACCUUAAAGAAGUUGGAAUCAGGUGAAAAGGGAUGGGUUAAAGUAACAGACUGGAAUAGCUUUCAAACUGAAAAUAAGGCAGCAGCACGAGCGCAUUCGAAAAAUUUGUCCACCUUCUGUGGAAGGCUACUGGAGGAAACGGAGGAUGAGCUUGCUGAGUGGAUAAAAACAAGCUCCACAGAAUCAGAAAAUGUAAGCAAGGCCCUUUGUGAAGAUAUUAGCAAACACUGUCAAUCCACAAGAUCGUUGUUUGGCAAAGCAAAACAAGCGACAGGCUGGGAAAUGUCAAGGAACAAAGCUCUAGUAGUCCCUGACGCCAUUUAG